AUGGCAGUCAAGCAAGAGACAAAACAUCAUGAUGAGAAGCACAAAGGUCGAAUUCCCGGACCAAAGGGCCUUCCAAUCAUCGGCAACCUUCUCGAUAUCGACGUCACAAACUCCCUCCAAUCAAUAAUCGAUAUGGCCAAAGGUUAUUACGAAACACGAUUCCACAAACUUGUCGUCGGCGGCGUCGAAAAGCUACGGCCUCUCGCUGGCGAUGGCCUCUUCUCGGCGCAGCAUAGCCAUGAGACUACUUCUGGACUCUUGUCGUUUGCAUUCUACUACCUUCUUGAGAACCCCGAGAAGCUACAGAAGGCUCGUGAGGAAGUUGACGAGGUCCUGGGCGACGAGAACCUUACUGCUAAUCAUCUCCCCAAGAUGCCCUACAUCAACAUGAUCUUCCGAGAGACUCUUCGUCUAAUGCCCACUGCACCAGGCUUCUACGUCACACCCUUCAAGGACGAAGUCAUCGGUGGGCAAUACAAUGUCUCCGCAGGCGAUCCCUUGUUCCUUUUUCUUCACGUGAUCCAUCGCGAUCCUGAAGUCUGGUGCCCGAUGCCGCAGAGUUCAGACCUGAGAGGAUGGCAGACGAGCACUUCAACAAACUCCCCAAGAAUGCCUGGAAGCCUUUCGGCAAUGGUCACCAUCAUGCUCCUCCAGAACUUCGACCUUUCCAAAGCCGAUUCCAAUUAUAAGCUCAAGAUCAAGCAGUCGCUCACCAUCAAGCCCGACGGUUUCAACAUGAACGUCAAGCUCCGAGAGGGGCGCAACUUGACCAACCUCUUCAAGAAUCCCAGCCUCGCCAGCUCCAAGCAGCCCAGUCUUUCCAGCCGAAAGAACCUCCACAUUUCACAAAAAGACCUGAAGCCUAUUUCUAUCUUCUAUGGAUCCAACACUGGAACAUGCGAGGCUUUGGCGGAGCGACUUUCGGCUGACUGUGCGACUUUUGGAUUCAUGCCUUCUAAGCCUUUGCCGCUGGAUGAAGCCACGAAGAAUCUGUCAAAGGAUGGACCGAAUAUUAUCUUGGCGGCUUCAUAUGAUGGAAAGCCUUCUGACAAUGCUGCGGACUUUACGAAGUGGGCUGAGUCGUUACAGCCUGGGGAGUUAGAGGGCAUUCAGUUCACUGUCUUCGGAUGCGGCCAUAAAGACUGGGUAUCAACCUUGUAUCGCAUCCCCAAGGUCCUCGACAAGUGUUUAGCAGACGCCGGUGGCGAUCGCCUUGUUGACAUUGGUCUCACCGAUGCUAGCACCGGUCGCUUAUACCCCGACUUUGAUGACUGGGCACACAGCAAGCUCUUCCCCGAACUCGCCAGCCGACACGGUAUCACUCUCGACCACGAGGCUGACUCCCUAGAACUGAGUGUCACUAUCAAUCAAUCUCAGCGGAGUGAUAUUGGAGGUAACUUCAAGAGAGCUGAGGUUGUCGAGAACAAUCUUCUCACCAGCCCUGGUGUUCCUCGCAAGCACAGCCUACUCUUGAAGUUGCCGAAGGAUAUGACGUAUACUCCUGGUGAUCAUGUCUUGAUUCUUCCCAAGAAUCCUCCUCAGCUUGUUGAUCGGGCCAUGACUUGCUUUGGUGUUGAUGAUGAUACUGUCUUUACUACAGUUAGUCGCACGAGUCUCAAGAGACUAGCCGACUUUGUAGACAAUGAGGAGACCAAGAGUGAGCUCCAAAGUCUCGCUGGUGAUAGAUACGACAUCAAGAUUGACCAACAGCGCAUGUCCAUCCUCGACAUCCUCCGCAAGUAUCCUUCCGUCAACAUGCCUCUAUCGACCUUCCUCUCCAUGCUUCCCCAGAUGCGUCCCCGCACAUACUCCUUCGCCUCAACACCAGAGUGGAAGCCCGGUCACGGCUCACUUCUUUUCUCCGUCGUUGAAGCCACUGAAGCCAGUGGAUCAUCGCUUGCACGCCCUGGUGGUCUAGCUACCAACUACAUGGCCCAGCUCCGACCCGGCGACUCUGUUCUCGUCGAGCCUCGACCUUGUAGACCUGAACUUCGAGCCGCUAUGACCACUGAGCCCAAGGUUCCUAUUGUCAUGAUUGCUGUUGGCGCUGGUCUUGCUCCCUUUUUGGGUUUCAUGCAGAAGCGAUACCUGCAGGCUCAGAACUCAGGUCAUUUGUCCAAUACCUCUUGUACUCUUUUCUUCGGCUGUCGAGGUGCAAAGAUGGAUGACAUUUGUCGCGAUACACUAGAUGAGUACUCUCGCGCAGGCGUUGUAUCAAUCUAUCGCGCCUUUAGUCGAGACUGGGACUCACCGUACAAGUAUGUUCAGCAUUUGGUUGCUAAGCAUGCUGAUACUUUGGCGCGGCUUUGGGGACAGGGUGCCAUUUUUAUCAUCUGCAGUGGGAAGAAGGUUUCUGAUGAUGUGCUUGAUGUUUUGGGUCCUAUUCUUCAUGGUGAGGAUAGAAGAUUGGGUACGACUAGGGCUGGUAAUUGGAAGACUUGGAGAGAUGGUGUUGGCAAGGAGCGAUUGAUCUUGGAGGUGUUUGGGUAG